UUUUUCAAAUGUUUCACUUUGUUAAAAUACUUUGAAAGGCAUGACAGGAAGCAACACAUCAGUAAGAAUAUCAAGGUGCAUUUCUCACAGACCCAUGGAAUGUAUAGUAUUGAAUGGUAUGUGUUUAAACCUCUUGUUUUUACAUUAUGCCCAAAGUCCCAGUACAAGUUAUGCCAGCCUUCAUGGAAAUUGAAGGAACAACAGCAUGCAUGCCUUCUCCACUCAUGUGGCUAGAGGGUUUGUUAUUCAAGUCCAGGACAUGUGGAGCCCUCAUGAGAUAAGUACUAGUCUUGGUUUUAUGUUUCAUGACCAAACAGAAGUUGUGUUUGGAUCAAAACACAUAUCUGUUGUGUAGAACAAUAACCUUUAGAGUGCUUCUUGGAAAAGCUCAUUUGGCAUUUUGUUUCUACGUUUGAAGCCUUUUCAGAGAAAGACACAUGAUUACACUGUUAUUUCUGAUGACCUUUUUAUGAAUAAUACAUAUUUAGUUUGGUUUCCAAACUUUCCAUACCAAACUCAAGCUAUGCAAUAUCAGUGAAAAUAUAUUGUGGCAAGUGAGUGGCUCUAACAUUUACUGAUCAACUCAUUAUGUGAAUUGCAGUGAGUAGUGUUAUUUGAAGGAUGCUUGGUCAAGUCAUCAUUUUAUAAAGUGCCUGUAUUGUCACCUGAACAUUUAGAUUAUUUGUAUCAGUGCUGAUUAUGGUGGUAUUUCAAGUACGAUAAUUAACUUCUCAGAAUGAGACACUGCAUGUUGCCAGUAGUAAAACUGUUAAUCACAAGAUGUUUUCUGUUUCAACGACUGGAGUCACCACAAACAAACCAUACCACUCACGUGACCACAGCCCAUAGGCUUAUAGCCCUCAUCCUCAGAACGUGCAGCUAGUAACAGGAGGCAGUUAACCUUUAUUUGGUGGAACAACACGACUUGAGAUGAUUGAUGUGUCAAGAACGCCGGAGUUCUCCAAUUGUGGAAACAGGAAUUCUAUCUCAAUUCAUACAUCCUCUGACCAAGACCUGGGCUCUAUGGCGGGAGGCAGAAGCAGGCAAAGGUCUCUCUCAUGUGACAGUCUAGAGGAAAGUACAAACUAUGGUGAUCGGAAAAAGACAGAGGACACCUUUCGUAGACCUCGCUCCAGGUCUUUUUAUGACACACCAGAGCCCGAGAAGUCCAAUUAUGAUGGGGCACGCUCCCUACUUCACUAUGAAGUGAGCAAGAAGGCAAAGACUAAACCAAACAAGCGCUCACCAAUAAGAGAACUUAAUGGCAGUAAAGGCAAUCUCAAGUCUGUGUCCAUGAUGACCAUCUCUGAGUCGGACAAAUGGGAAAUUUGCUCCAGCUCGAGGAUGAAGUACGGACAGUUUGUGGACUGGGAGAAGAUUGACCCUGAAGCCGCAAUAAGAUACCAACGUAUCCUGCAGAGUGAUCACCAGCAGCUCAAAACUAUGGCCCGAGAAGGAUUUUGGGCCAUGCCCCAUACACUGAGGGCCAAGGCUUACUAUCACAUCAUCCAAAGCAUCAAUUCAAGUAGGACAGUCACUCCAGACAGAGAGGUCCACCAUGAACUGACCAAGGAGCUCUUUGGAGAACAUAACAUCAGCACACAUCCAGUCCCAGAUUACAUGGAGGCGGGAGAUAUACCCAGAUACUGUCUCAACAAAGCAGGACUGAACUCAGUUAAAAGGAUCCUCCUUAGCCUUGGUAAAUGUUUCCCAGACAUGAAUUUCUGCCCCAUCCUGCCUGAAAUGGUCUCCCUCCUCCUCCACUUCAGUGAGGAUGAAGCCGAGUGUUUCCACAGUGUGUCCCGACUCAUCUGCUACAACGACCCAAACAAACGUUAUAUCGACCAGACCUUCCUCACAUAUCGUGCUUCCUGCAUGACCUUUGGAGACCUUGCUAACAGAUGUUGCAGAGGCAUCCGUAAGCUGAUCGCCAGCUCUUACCAGAACCUCUUUGAGUUUUACUCCGACUGGAUCAUGUGGAUAUUCGCUGACCUACCAUUCACUUAUGCCAUUAGAGUGCUUGAUGUCUAUCUAUUGGAGGGCUACAAAGUCCUCUACAGGGUGGCAUUGGCUUUGCUCAGCCUCUACAAAGUAUCUGUUUCAUCUCGAGUGGCAGACGUGGAGGACUUCAGAACAGAUAUGAAAAGGUUUGUGGAGAGUGUAGCUCGCCACUGCACAGCCGAGAGGCUUCUGGAGAUGGCCUUCAUGAUUCCGAUGGCCACACGGAGAGAGCUAAAUCUCCUGUUCAAUGCCAAUAUGCACGCCCUCAUGCAAAAAGGUGUCAGCAUACACCAGAAGAGGCAUUCUGUUGAGAUGGUGGACUUUAACAACUUCACCUCCAGUGUUGUGACAGUGGCUUCGAUGAGAGUGGUGUGGGCCUGGAUUCCUGAGCGCUUUGCCCUUUUCAGCCCCAUCAGGCUGUUUAGUACCUCUGAACAUGGAAGAAGCCUUGCUUCAUUAUAUUCACAUGUGGAAGGUCACGAGCCAGCACUCUUGAUCAUCAAAACUGUGGAUGAAGAGGUCUUUGGUGCCUUCCUGUCAACAGAUUUGAUAGAAAGAAAAAAGCAUGACUCUGAGGGACUGACAUAUUUUGGGACUGGGGAGUGUUUCGUUUGUACGAUUCGUACCAGCAAGGAGCGCUACCAGCAGGCCAUGGUCAACAUAAUGACCAGAGGAUCUUCCCAUCAGCAGGUUCGAGACAGCAGCUGUGCCUCCUCUCGGAUAAACAAUAGUGGCUGCUCCCCAAUCACCAAAGGCACCACAACUCUGACCUGUCCUGCUGGAACCCCCCAGGACCCCAGCUACCUGACCAUCCCCUUUACCUCCCCAUCAGAGGAACCCAUGACUACCAAAGAGCCAAAGAGACCCAAAGAACAAGAAGCUUCUAUGUUCAUCGCAGGCACUGACAGUCAGCUCAUAAUCGGUGGUGAUGGAGGUCAUGCACUCUGCCUGCAGGAAGACCUCGAGGGUGGAUAUUCAGAGGCCUGUGACACAUUCAAGAGCAUCGCACUCUACAAGGGUCAUUUCAAGAUCCAGGCCCUCGAAGUGUGGGGCAUCCAGAACUCUAUUUCCUUUUCUCACAGUUUUCCUUCUGAGUAGAAAAAGGGAGGAGCUUGUAUUACUUGGUAAACAACAAACCAGUUUUUCAUGAUGAUUGUUCAUUGGACUUAUUAAAUCUCACAUAUUUAUGUUUGUGAAUAUACACAUAUUCACAUAUUGAGUGAGAUUUUAAUUGAGUUCUUGUCUACAUGUCAUGUUAAUUUGUAUAUCAUUAUACUUUUUUACUGGGCACAAUUUGCAAUAAAGAAUAAAUGAUAUAAGUAACUAAUGAAUUCUGGUUUUACCUCAGUUUAGCUAUUUUUUUUUUGAAAACCCCUACACUUGGGGUUACAUGGUCUGCAUUUUUUUUAUUUUGCAGUUGAUCUGCAAAUUAAAUGCACUUUUGAAUAUGUGAUGAUCAGUUCAGCUGUUUUUGUGUUAUCAAUGUCUUAUAACAUAUCAAGAUAUGACCUGUUGUGAACAUGAUCGUUUUUACUGUGUAAUGGGGUUACAUUUGUUUAAUACUGAAAACAAACAUUUGUAUUAUCUGUUUGACUCUACUAUUUGCUGAGACAAUUGAGUGCCACAGUGACGCAUCCUAAAACCCGGAAGUAAAUCUAUCGAUUAGAUUUACGAUUCGAAAAUUAUAAAAGUAGGGUAGACAUGUGGAUAUUAUCUGACUGAACAAAAC